AUGCAGGCACAAGCUGCUCAUACAAUACGCUGCCAAUCAUCAAGUACUCUGCAGCCAUUCCACCUUGCUUUCCCAGUGAGGGAUGUAGCAGAAGCAAAAGAAUUCUAUGGGAAGAAGCUCGGGUGCCCUGAAGGACGAUCAGCCAGUGCUUGGGUCGACUACAGUCUCUUUGGGCAUCAAAUUGUGUGCCAUGAGAUCAAGGGCUACAAUGCUUCUAGCACAGCUAGUGCUGUGGACGGAGAUCCUGUGCCAGUGCCGCACUUUGGUCUGGCUCUGGGAGUGGACCAGUUUCAUGAGCUCGCUGAGCGUGUGCAGACAGCAGGCAUCGAUUUCAUCUUGGAGCCACAUUUGCGCUUCAAAGGGCAACCCGGUGAGCAGUGGACAAUGUUCUUCAAGGAUCCCAGCGGCAACUCUCUCGAGUUUAAAGCCAUGACGAACCCUGAGAACCUGUUUGCCAGAUACUAUGUAGAGUAG